UCUGCUGUAGAGAGGCAUACAGCGCUUCAGCUUCUGUUUCAUUGACCAGGCAGCACACAUUGGAAGACAGAAAUGGCUUGUGGAGUCCAUUUGGGGAUAUUCCUGCUUUGCUUCAUUCAAGCAGAGCAUGUGCGCUGUUUGUGGGCUUCACAAGCUCAGAAACAAAAUGACAACACAUAUGUUGGCUUCUCGCAACAGCAACGUGGAUUCGGUCACUAUCCCCAGAAUCAAGUCAGACAGGCCUCUCCGAGCUCAGCGCGGAGCAGUAGCCUCAGCGCACAGAGUGCAGUUAUUGGAGGGUCUAGCCGGAGACUGAAUCAGGUCAAUGCACAAAAGAGUCCAACUGGGCAUAUUUUUGGCCUUUCCUCUUCUAUUGUUAGUGGCAGUUCUAUGAGUAAGUACGAUCAAAGCAGCAAAACACCAGUCUAUUCUCCCGCAAUGCAGUCUUCCACGCUUUUUAGUGAAAGUGCCCCUGUGCCUCACAAAAGCCCUCCACGGACCAAGACAUCCUCCAGUGCCAUGGGUAAAAGGGUGUCUAAAGAGUUUAAAUCUUCCACUUUCAGCAAACCCCAUGCAGGCUUACAGCCACGCCGUCACAAGUUGAGCUCCACUAAGCAGAUUCCCAGCAGUACGAACUCUCUCCAAGCAUCCUGGAACAGAGAGGGUAACCUCCAUGCCUCCGGGAGUGGAAGUGCAGGAACCUCUGGUAAACUCUUUGCCCCAACAAAAACCCACAACAUCCCUCAGCGUUUCGGUGGCGCAAUUAUCAGACGGCUGAAAAAUCCUGUUAACCAGAUAAUGAGUGUCGGGAAGCCCCAGCGCAAGGCUUCCCAGCAGACCUACGUUCCUCCCCAGCGCAAGGCUUCCCAGCAGACCUACGUUCCUCCCCAGCGCAAGGCUUCCCAGCUGGCCUACGUUCCUCCCCAGCGCAAGGCUUCCCAGCAGGCCUACGUUCCUCCCCAGCGCAAGGCUUCCCAGCAGGCCUACGUUCCUCCCCAGCGCAAGGCUUCCCAGCAGACCUACGUUCCUCCCCAGCGCAAGGCUUCCCAGCAGACCUACGUUCCUCCCCAGCGCAAGGCUUCCCAGCAGGCCUACGUUCCUCCCCAGCGCCAGUCUUCCCAGCAAGGCCUACGUUCCUCCCCAGCGCCAGUCUUCCCAGCAGGCCUACGUUCUUCCCCAGCGCCAGUCUUUCCAGCAGGCCUACGUUCCUCCCCAGCGCCAGUCUUCCCAGCAGGCCUACGUUCCUCCCCAGCGCCAGUCUUCCCAGCAGGCCUACGUUCCUCCCCAGGGCCAGUCUUCCCAGCAGGCCUACGUUCCUCCCCAGCGCCAGUCUUCCCAGCAGGCCUACGUUCCUCCCCAGCGCCAGUCUUCCCAGGAGGCCUACGUUCCUCCCCAGCGCCAGUCUUCCCAGGAGGCCUACGUUCCUCCCCAGCGCCAGUCUUCCCAGGAGGCCUACGUUCCUCCCCAGCGCCAGUCUUCCCAGGAGGCCUACGUUCCUCCCCAGCGCCAGUCUUCCCAGCAGGCCUACGUUCCUCCCCAGCGCCAGUCUUCCCAGCAGGCCUACGUUCCUCCCCAGCGCCAGUCUUCCCAGCAGGCCUACGUUCCUCCCCAGCGCAAGGCUUCCCAGCAGGCCUAUGUUCCUCCCCAGCGCAAGGCUUCCCAGCAGGCCUACGUUCCUCCCCAGCGCAAGGCUUCCCAGCAGGCCUACGUUCCUCCCCAGCGCCAGUCUUCCCAGCAGGCUUACGUUCCUCCCCAGCAGGCCUACAUUCCUCCCCAGCGUCAGUCUUCCCAGCAGGCUUACGUUCCUCCCCAGCGCCAGUCUUCCCAGCAGGCUUACGUUCCUCCCCAGCGCCAGUCUUCCCAGCAGGCUUACGUUCCUCCCCAGCAGGCCUACAUUCCUCCCCAGCGCCAGUCUUCCCAGCAGUCCUACGUUCCUCCCCAGCGCCAGUCUUCCCAGCAGUCCUACGUUCCUCCCCAGCGCCAGUCUUCCCAGCAGGCCUACGUUCCUCCCCAGCGGCAGGCUGCACCUUACAAGCCACUAGCCCAGAGUGUUCAUCCGGAGAGCAAAUGGUUGAAGGUCUAGCCAAGUGGGGACAGUAGCUGGUGCAGCAGGUGUCUGAGGAUUUGUUUUUUCUUAAAUAAAAAUAAUGAAUAUAAAUGAC